CAAGCUCGGCAUAUCUCUUUGGUGCCGCUUCCAUAGACAUUGCGAAUUAUCCGACGUCUUGCGCAUUCUUCUAGCACCGUUCCGCAUCGUAGUCGCAAGUCUUUGCUGCCUAGUAUCCAACUCGAUCACGCUCCACACUUCGACCCUCAUCAACGAAGCUUCGAUCCUCCAGCAAUUGUACCGUUCCUCCACCCCACACCUCACCAAGCAACUCUACAUACACAAUGGCGUCCAGGAAGAAGGUCCUCCUUAAGGUCAUUAUCCUCGGUGACAGUGGUGUCGGCAAGACCAGCUUGAUGAACCAAUAUGUCAACAAGAAGUUCAGCGCAAGCUACAAGGCGACAAUAGGCGCCGACUUCCUUACGAAGGAAGUUAUGGUUGAUGACAGGCUCGUUACCAUGCAGCUUUGGGAUACCGCUGGACAGGAGCGCUUCCAGUCGCUGGGCGUCGCAUUCUACCGAGGCGCCGACUGCUGCGUGCUUGUGUACGACGUCAACAACUCCAAGAGUUUCGACACGCUCGACAGCUGGAGGGACGAAUUCCUGGUCCAGGCUAGUCCCAUGGAUCCUGAGAGUUUCCCAUUCGUCGUUAUUGGCAACAAGAUCGACGUCGAGGAGAGCAAGAGGAUGAUCUCCUCGAAGCGCGCCAUGACUUUCUGCCAGUCGAAAGGCGGCAUUCCCUACUUUGAGACCAGCGCAAAGGACGCUAUCAACGUCGAGCAGGCAUUCGAGGUCAUCGCACGGCAAGCGCUUGCUCAGGAGGACGUCGGCGACUUCAGCAACGACUUCCCUGAGACCAUCCCCAUCGACCUGAAGGAGCCCCGUACGUUCGCCGGCGAGCGUAGUGAGCGUGUGGGACGAGGGGAAGAAACCACACAGCAGAACCAGGCAUGCGGUUGGUAUUGCGCUGCUGUUGGCGACAGUAUUCCUAUGGACAGCGUCCAACUUCCUGGCCAGCACUCCUCCUACGACAAACCAUACCUAGUCACCUAUGUCAACACCGCAUUCUUCUUGAUUCCCCUCAUUCCUAUGGCCCUGCACCACCUCUGGGCCGACCGCGGUAACACCACACGCCGCCAACCCCUCGCCGCCUCCCUCCGCGCCCUGCUCAACCGCCGCGCAGGAAAGUGGACACUCCUCCGCGAUCAUGAAUCGGCCUCCUCGUCCCGGUCGCCGAGUAAAUCGGGCGACGGCGAGGGCGCAGAACUGCUCCUCGGCGACAGCUCGCACGGCAGCGUGCACGACAUUCGCGAGCUGCGAGACGAUGAAGGUCUAACACUGCAAGAAACCGCGAAGCUAGCGCUGGAAUUCUGCGUCCUGUGGUUCCUAGCAAACUACUUCGCCGCCGCCUGCUUGUCGUACACCACCGUCGCAUCCAGCACGAUCCUGGCGUCCACAUCAUCCAUCUGGACACUUCUGUGCGGCUCGAUGCUGCGCGUCGAGCGCUUCACUGUGCGCAAGUUGAUCGGUGUAGGCGCCUCCCUCGCCGGCGUAGCCCUCAUCUCCACCAUCGACGUCUCGGGCGAAACAGACGAGAACCGUGGUUCCUUCCCGCACAAAACGCCGCGCGAACUCGCGCUCGGCGACGUCAUGGCCUUUGUUUCUGCCGUGCUGUACGGGUUCUACGCGGUGUUUAUGAAGAAGCGCAUGGGCGACGAGUCGCGCGUGAACAUGCCCUUGUUCUUCGGCUUCGUCGGCCUUUCCAACGUCCUGCUCUUAUGGCCGGGCCUCGUCAUCUUGCACAUCACGGGCAUCGAGCCGUUCCAACUCCCACCCACCAACAAAAUCCUCGCCAUCGUUCUCGUGAACAGCGCGUCCAGCUUGGUUAGCGACUUCUGCUGGGCGUAUGCUAUGCUUCUCACCUCCCCGCUCAUCGUCUCGGUGGGACUGUCGCUCACCAUCCCACUAUCGUUGGUCGGCCAAAUGGUUCUGGACGCGCAGUAUGCGAGCUGGCUGUACUGGGUUGGUGCGGCGAUCAUGGUGGUCAGUUUUUUGUUUAUCAACCAUGAGGAUCGGAAGGAUGAAGAAGAGGGCCUGCAGGGCGCUGAGCCGAUUGUGCGUGUUGAGGAGGGGAUCCGAAGUAUGCGCGAGAGCUUUCACAGCCGGAGGAGCUCGAGGGCGAGUGUACAUGGGUAG